AUGGCUAUAGGCGACACAUUGCUUGCAAGAGCAGACAACACCUUGAAUGGCAUCUUCGCAGGAUGGAGUCUGUCGACUACGGUCAUUGCAUCUCUUCUCUUCGUCUUCUUGGCAUAUCCAUGGUUGACGUGGAAGGAUCCAGAUACUCACCCAUUUCUGCUUGCCAGACAAGCUACCGCAUCUCCGAUUAGGCACCCUGGUGAAUCUGCUGUGUACAGAUCUAUCGAGGUUCCAUAUGGCUAUCCGCUGCGUUCCGGUCUGAAUGUCAAGGAUCCUGGGGCCCCGAAAUGGAGCUCAGGCCGAAAUGGAGACUUAAGGGAUAUCUGGAUCCAGGCUGUCAGAGGACCAUUGAAGGACGAUGGCUCCGCCGCCGGUCCGAAAGGAAAGCUCUUGACUGUGCUUGGAAGAGAAAAGAUUAUGGAACGUUCCCUUGAAAGUGUCACACUUGAGAUCAACAUUGUUGGAAGAUACAUUCAGCAGAUCGAAGGCAAGUAUGUUGCCAUCUGCCUCUCGAACUCGGUUGAGUUGCUUGCUAGCAUAUUUGCUUGUGCAUUUUAUGGUCUUCAACCACUUCUUAUUCCUUACGGAUCAUCAACGGAAGAAUUCACCCAGCGGCUACGAAAAGUUCAGCCAGAUAUUUUGAUUGCUGAAGCAGGCACUUUGGAGCUUGAGCCUGUACUGUCCAGCUGCAAGAACUUGUCACAGGUUAUCUGGGUGACCAAAGCUGGGAACAAGCAUAUGGACUUUGCCGAUACCCCUGAUGAUGUUCCAGGCAAGGUGAACAUCUCCACAUGGCACGAUUUGAUCGAAGAGAACAAAUCACCUGCAAGCUCAGAGCUGCCUUCAACCGAAAAGGGAUCAUCAAGUCCCAGUAAUAUUGUCGCUGCCGUCGCCGCCCUGAUCAACAGCCUCCCGCGAAACCAGAAAAUCAGCAGCGACGACGUCGUCCUCCCCAUCUCCCCAUUAACCUCCUCUUACACCCUUAUGCUAGCCUUCGCCUCGCUCUUCUCCCACGCCACCAUAGCCCUGAAUUCUGUAGCCGGCGAAACCGUCGACUUCGCCCUCGCCGCAUCCGCCAUCAACCCCACAAUCAUGGUGGCCUCCUCGCAAAGCACACUGAGAUACCAUGACAGGAUGAUGAAAACCCAAUUAGGGCCCCUCGCUAAGGUAUCCCAUUACUGGCAAAAAAAGACCCUGCUUAACGGAAACAUGCCCAAGACGCCUUCUUUCGCUCCUCCAGGCCAGCACAACUUCCUGUCAAAGCUGCGAUUGCUGUUCGUCUAUCAUCGUGCUGAAGAUCAGAAUUCCCCGCGCCUGUCCUCCACGGCGUUGAGGGAUCUCAAGAUCCUACUUGGAGCAAGGACGUGCUACGCCCUCACCACUUCGGGUGUUGCUGGUGCAAUUGCGCAGACGAACAUGCUUGAUUAUCGCCACACUUCGGAAGAAGGCGGUAGUCAUUUUGGGCCCCCCUUGAGCUGUGUCGAAGUGCUGCUGACGAAGGACGGUGAGGAGGGUGGUGAUGAUGAGGAGGAGAUGCUUGGUGGUGGUGAACCGCAGGGGAAGCUUGUGGUUAGAGGGCCGGCGAUCUGUGGUGGAGAGAGGAAAUUGGAUCUCGUUGGGAAGAUUGGGGCGGAUCAUACGUUGUCGUUGCUUUGA